AAAAUGAGGAAUUAGAGUUGGAAUUUAAUGUUAAGUUGUCGUCUCUUCUUGAUGCAAUUUCGAAUGAGAAAUUGCAAAAAGAAAAUAUUGACUUUGAAAUUGGCCGUCGUAUAAUUGCUUAUAUUUCUGAAGGAGAUGGUUAUUCGUGGCAAAGAGAUACACCUACUUAUUUAGAACGAUACAAUUGUGAAGGGAUAGUAAAUAUAGAGAUUUUUUCAACUUGGGAUUUAAUUAAAAUCAUUUAUUCUCACAAAGCAUUACAUCCACAACCAAGACAUGUUGCAACGACACUUGAAGUUAAAACUUUUAUUAAGGAUAACAUUGAAUUUCCUGUAUCUGAAAUCUGGUGUCAAAUUCAAGAAAAUUUUAUUAAAGGAUAUGAAAAUUUAACGCGUUUGUUAGAAGAACUCAACCAAGAAAUUAUUGUAGAUAAUCUUAAUUCUUCUACACCAGCACUUGG